UUUACUCUCCAGCUGGAGCAGCGGAGGAUUUCACCAGUGCUCCCAGCUGAUGGGCGUAACUCGGCAGGAUUUCAGCUCAACACUUACAAACCCCGUAAUGAAGACAUACAGCCUGGUGACGAGCCCGAGACGAGCAACCGCAGAGCGAAGCCGGCUAUAAAAUCUUCUCCCCGACAGGAAGUGACAAAUAAAAACUACAGAUUCCCUCCAAGCAGCAGAGCUGCAGAAAGCUGGACUCACUCUGCAUUUCUUACUCUCCUCUCCCGUCCACACAAAUCAUCAGACUGGCCUGAAAGCUGUGCUGGAGAAUGGCACUGAAGGUUCGACUGCAGAGAAACGUUUUUUAAAUUCAACAAAUUACAGUUUCUACUGCUAAUCCAAGAAGGCUGAAGCUGGAAAAGGUUUUAUAGCUAAAAAUCCUCUUAAAUGUUCUGAAGAGUCUCAGAAUGGCUUCAUAGAAACCAAAAUAUCACCAAACUUAUUCCUGGUCAGUGGAAAUGAAUUUCUCCUAAAGUGAUACUCCAGUGAGGCUCCAUAAACUGGUGUCCAUGUCCCAGCCGCUCACGGCCUCCACGCCUCCUACAUGAGCACAGAGGAGGAGAAGAAGAAGAAAGGAGACGCCAUACAUCUAUAUAUGUUUAUGGGUUUUUUUAAACAUAUUUUGAGACUUUUUUUAGACUGUUUUCCACUUCUGCAACAAUUUUUGGGUUUUGCUUUGGUGUCAGAAGAAACGCUGCUUAUAUUUAAAUCAUGUGGUUUGAAUUCAGGCUAUUUGAUCGAGUCAGAAGGGAGAAGGAGAGGCUCCGUUUCUGAGCUUCCUACUUCUGACUUCUAUAAACCGCCGUCUGUACGGUGUUUUCUCACCUUGUAGUCCAGUAGACUCGGUUCUGUUGAGACCAAAGCUUAAACAUUUGUUCCAUUUUCAGCUGCUUUGUUUCUCUUUCUAUUUUCUAUUGAGGCUUUUUAUUAUUUGAAUGUUGCAAUUAGUCAAGUUUAUUUUCACAAUUUCAAUUUGUGCUAUUUUAUGGUAAAUGGAAACGCAGCUGACGUUGGUCUCAACGUGGAAGAAAUGAUCCACAGAAGGUGUAAUGAUAAAGUGAGGAGCAGUUGGACCAGGAAGAAGAAUCUAACAGGAGUCGUUUUAACGCUUCACCUCAACCUGCAGCCAUUCACAGAAACAGUCGGCCAUGUUGGUCCUCGCCCUGCGUCAAGUUGCUGGUAUGCAGACAGCUGGUCACCAAUAACACGGCCCCAGAGCCCAGAUGGCCCCAGAGCCCACAUGGCCCCGUCAUCUGAGGGACGUUUAAACUUUAAAUGGCCUCAGUGGACAGCUGUCUGCUGAGCGACAGAGAGGAGAGGAGCAGAUCAGAAAUGUUCUCCUGUGAAAGCUUCACCGCCUCAGUCUGAUCCAGCCAUGGGCGCCUUCAUCGCCAAGAUGCUGCUCCCCACCGCCAGCAGCCUGGUGUUCCUGCCGGCCGCCAGCGUGGCCGCCAAGAGGGGCUUCCACACCGAGGCCAUGGUCUACUUCUUCACCAUGUUCUUCACCGCGAUUUAUCAUGCCUGCGACGGUCCAGGCCUCUCCAUCCUCUGUUUUAUGAGAUACGACAUCCUGGAGUACUUCAGCGUUUACGGCACGGCGCUCUCCAUGUGGGUCACGCUCGUAGCUCUGGGAGACUUUGACGAGCCGCAGCGCUCCACCAUAUCGAUGUUUGGAGUGCUGACCAUCGGCGUGAGGAUCUACCAGGACCGCUGGGGCUACGGGAUCUACUCCGGACCAAUCGGAUCAGCCGUCUUCAUCAUCACCAUCAAAUGGCUGCAGAAGAUGAAGCAGCUGAGGGCCGUCUACCCGGAGAAGAGCGUUUACACGCAGCAGGUCGGUCCAGGCUGCUGCUUCGGCGCCCUCGCUCUGAUGCUGCGCUUCUACUUUGAGGAGUGGGACUACGCCUACGUCCACAGCUUCUACCAUCUGUCUCUGGCCGUGUCCUUCGUGCUGCUGCUGCCCAAGAAGAACCGCUACGCCGGGACGGGAGAAAACGCUGCAAAGAUCACCUGCUUGACGCUCUGCUGCUGCACAAUGUGGCCGGGUUCUUCCAAAGAAAAGACGAACAAACCACAGAAGAAGAAGUCGUCUCGGUCGGUGUGGCGACUCCCCACGGAGAAGCUGUGGCCCCGAGGGUCCGGCACCCCCACCCUGCCGGUCUGCACCCCCCCACCCUCCCACCCAGUCAAAGGGACGAGCGUCAGCAAGCUGAAGGAGCUGAACGGCUGGAAGUGAAGCCGCGGUCAGCCGGACGGGCCGGCGGCGCUGGACCGGCACCAAGCGGCUGUCAGGACUCAGGAAACGCAUGAGGAUUUUCCUUCCUACCUAACUGAGACCUGGCUGGUUUUCUGUUUAAGCAGCCAUCUGAGGAAUCCGCCAGCGACUGGAAGCCAGAUGAUAAA